AUGGAUUCCGGCCCUAGACGAUUAACUCAGUUAGGUUUCCAUGGACUGAAGGUAGGAGAAGUCUCAAAACCAGCUGGGAUUAGUCCAAAGGAGAAUACCAGCACAAAGGAGUCAAAUAAAUUGAAAAAAGAUAACAACCCGCGGGACCGCACUGGAAAUACCACACCUACUAAGUCUAAAUCUUCUGAUAUCCCACUAGAAAUUCGGGCAGAGUCUCCAUGGAAUUAUUACGAAAAGUCACCGAUUACAUUCCUUGAUCUUAGUGGAGAAGUCAUUAUUGCUCAAGAAAAAGCCUCAUCCAAAAAGCUUGUAGGAUUAAGAAAGAUGCCGAAGGCAACACUUACCAACUUACAAAAGCUACGGCACACAAAUAUUUACUUUGCCCUAGAAGCAUUCGUCGCUAAUAAAUCUACUUACGUGGUAUUCGAGGAGAUGCACCUUACCCUAGAGCAUCUUGUGAUAUCACUUGCGUACCCUAGUUCCCGGCAGCUUGGUACAAUUUUGGGACAAAUUCUGGAUGCUUUAGUAUACCUAGAAACCGAAAACUUUAGUCACGGACUUCUACAUUGCAAGAAUAUACUUGUUAAUAACAGAGGCGUUGUGAAACUAGGGCACCAGGAACAGUAUCAAACCACGUCUCCAGCGAUCAAAAAGAAGGAUAUAGGGGAUUUUGGGCUGGUAACUAUGCAAUUAAUGCAGAAGGGCGAUCCGGGGGACGGUGCAAUCCGGGUAGCUGACCCAAGUCGCUGGGGGGACCAUACUCAAGCAGUCAUUAGAUUUGUGUCGGAUAUUCCCUUGGCGACAUCAACAAUAGAACUACGGAAGCUCGCAGAUACUAUGAUUUUAAGGAUCCGGAAUAACUACAUGUAG